AACGAAGGCAAAAGGGCUGGAAGGGAGAGACCGAAACAAACAGCUGAAAUCAAAGCGUAGGGAAGACAAGAGAGAGAAGGAGACGAGAGAGAAAAUAAUCGAAAGAUGGGCUUGGUAUGGCUGGAAGCAGCUCUUCCAUUGGGUAUUAUCGCCGGCAUGCUUUGCAUCAUGGGCAAUGCUCAGUAUCAGAUCCACAAAGCUUAUCAUGGCCGGCCCAAGCAUAUCGGCAACGACUUGUGGGAUGUCGCCAUGGAAAGAAGGGAUAAGAAGCUCAUAGACCUCUGCUCUAAACUCCCUAAUAAUCACUAAUUCUCGUUUGCAUUAGUUGGAACCUGAAGUGAAAAAGUGGAUCACCCAGAGCUCGUGUUCUUUCUUCUACUUUCUUAUUCUUGGAUCUAGUUAUGUAUUGAACAGUGGCAACUCUGGAGAUGGGAACCAAUUUGCUUUUUGGUCAUUAAGCAAGAAUUUUCACCCUUUUUUCAUUAUUUUGGGAAAGAUAUGUUUUUAAUAAAUGAUUGGCAGAACUGACUGUCAGCGGUUUGAUGAUGAAUUUGAAACAACGAAACUGGUUCAGUCUCAAUCUCAAAGGAUUUAGCUUUACUAUAAUAUGCUUGGCAAUAGGAGGCUGGAUCAUGAAUGCGCUAUGCAGGUGCAGAUUUGUCAUGCGGCCGUAUAGGCUGGGUGAGAAACAUCUUGUAUGUAUGUAUGCAUGUUGGCUAGCCGUAGAUUGCAGUCUGAGGCCUCAAUACUUGAGCCUUCCAUUUUGAUGCCAUUUGCUAAACUUGUUUUGUUAUACUCUUAAGUGAGUUGGGUUACAAAGCGUUCUCUAGUUGCAAUACAUUUGUGUUGUGUUUGGGAAACAUGGUUUCACUUCAAAAUCUAAAAUCGGCAGAAAUUUAGUGUUUAACAAAUCACAGUAUGUAAAUUUUAAUGUGAGUCAAUUCUAUUUUUUGCUUCAAAAAAUACUUAAGUAGUUAAAGUUGAGAAUUUAAUAAGGAUUAUUUAACCUUU